AUGCUGGCCAAAUAUGUCGAUUUUCUUCUGAAGAAGUCAUCAAAAGACGGUAGUGCCGACACAAAACUUGAUGAAAAGCUAUCAAAGACGGAAGCUUACGUGGCUACCCAUGAGUUAAGUAGAAGUGAAACUCAAUUACUUAAAGAGUAUUUACACUAUUACAUGAACACCUUCCAAGUGGCCAUGCUAAUUGCGUUCCAACACACCGAUGCAGUGACCUGCGAAGAAUUGUUAAAAGCCACCAGGCUCAAGCCGGUUGAUUUUAAAGGACGGUUCAGAGCCUUGUUGACGAGAAGCUGUUCAACCAAAGAUCCCAAGUUUGUGUUGAGAGCUGUCCGGAAGUCUGUCCAAGAACACGAGCCUGUUUAUUCUUCCAUAAUCAAAGAGAGGGCGGUUUACCUUGAGGCUCCAAUCGUUCGAAUCAUGAAAGCCAAGAAGAAACUUCGUCACGACGUCUUGAUGCAGGAAGUGUUGAACGAGUCCAAAGCCCGGUUUAUUGCUUCUAUUACAUUGAUUAAAAAGUGUAUCGCCAAACUAAUCGAUAAGGAGUAUCUGGCUCGGAAAAUGGACGAGUACGCCUAUGUGGCAUAG